UUGAAAUAUCCCGCUCGCCUCGCGGAGACAAUAAGAUGAUCGCUUCUUUCUUUUAUGCUGUUGCUACGGCCCUUAUUGUAUGCUGAAGCUAUCGCAGGGCACUUAAAAAUGAGGAAAAAUCUCUGUUCUUCAGAAACCCUAAUGUAAUCUGCGCUUACAAAUGGCCGAUUUGAUGAACUUCACCACCGCCAGCAGCGGCAUGCAGAAGGCCAUCUGCACUAUCUGCUUCGAGGACCUCAAACCCAUCACUGAGGAUCUCCAAACUCUCCCCAUUUGCGGCCAUGUCUUUCACGAGCUCUGCAUUCAGCAAUGGCUGGAAUACUGUCCGGCGGGGAAGAAGCCAACUUGCCCCGUCUGCAAGCAGUCAUGUUCUCGCAAAAACCUCACUCGCCUCUACUUUCAGUCCACCGGUGAUUCUACCGAGCUAUCUUCAUCAUUGUCGACGCAGGGCCCUGCCAAUGCUGAUGCCAAAACCCUAGCUGAGGAGGUAAGGAGGCUGGAAAUGAAGCUUGCGGCAAUGACCACCGCGUCCGAGAAUCAGCAAGCGCAUCUCAAGAAAUUGGAGGAGGAGCUUUCUGCUUGGAAACAGUUAGCAACGAGAGAGGAGCUUCAGAAGGAGGAACUUAAGAAAGUGAAAGAGUACAAAGAGCACCUUCUUUUUAUGAAAAUGGAGGAACUAUCAAUAAAAACAGAAGAGAUUGCUAAGCUACAGGAGAGGAGCAUGGCAUUGGCAAAAGAACUUGCUGCUCUCAAAUUGGCAACUGACAUAAACUUAGAGGAAGAAGAAAUGGUGAAGCUUGCUUCAUUCGGACAUGGAAGCAACACAGAGAAUGCUUUAGAUGUUUUGAAAAAGUCACUUGUUCUACGCAACAAGAGUUAUAGGGAUCUGAUGAUCCAAUGCAACAUUCUUGGGAGAUCUGAAACUCGCACUAGUAAGAAGCUUGAGAAAGCUAACGAAAAAAUAGAUAAAUUGAAAAUAAGAUUGCAAGAAGUGGAGAAGGCACUUGAAGAAAAGGAAAAUGAAAUUCUCAGGCAUUUGAAGGCUUCUACCAAAUUAAAACCUAAGCAAGUCAAUUUGAGUUGGAUAGAGCAAAAUGUGAGCUGUCCUACAAUUGAGGAUCAAGCUGUGAAGCAGUAUGCAAUGGAAAAUUCAAAUCGGAAUCAAAUUUGUAGAUCCGAAAGGACUAAUCCUCAAAAAAUAUCGUCUCCUCCAGUUUAUGAGGAAAAUAAAUGUGCAGUUGAUUGGAAUAUGGAUUCUUGUAACUGUAUAGAUGUGGAUAAUCUGAAUCUGAUUUCAGACUCAAAUGAUUAUCCAAAUCUUGUAGUCAAGCGUGAGGACGGACGAGGUGACCCAAAUGCACCACCUAUCUCAGGAGUAGGAUUUUAUUCUAUGCUGAAUGCUCCUGCUUAUACAAUGGUUGGGAAUGAUUCAAAAGAUGGAGAGGACGAUUCUACAGAGAAAAUUCUUAUGAGUGGGAUACAGAAAGGUGUGCCUUGCUAUGCAGCCAAAAAUGAAGCUCAGACUUGCAUUACCUCUGCUUGCUCAGGCAAUCCAAGUUUUCCUGGUUCUCAUGUAUCUGAAAAAGCAUACAGGAGCAUGAGCAGAUGGCGCAAGCAUGCUCAGCCAAUAUCAUCAAGUGGGGACUUGAUUGUUGUUGGUGCUGAUGGGAGAGGUGGAAGGAUCAAAGUGUUGAAAACUCGAGAUGAAUGCUUGGGGGACUCGAUGCUGACGGUCGGCGCAAAGAGGCAAAAAUGGGAAACUAAGUCAAAGUGUCAAUUUCAUAUUGAACAUUUCUUUGAAAAGGCUCAAAACUAGGUGAAAAUGUAUGACAAUUUUCUAGCAUGGGAAACUCUGUGUACCAACACCUUUGUCUGUAGAUGCGAAUAUGUUAUUUUGUUAGUUAUUAUUGGUUCCAUCUAUGGAGCAAAGUGUAAUUGCUAACUUAUUGUGAAUGAUUAAGUGAAGGGAUGAUGUACAUCUUAUUGUU